AUUGGAGGGUGUUGGACCUCUUUCUCUCUCAUUAAGGGGUGUGAGAGGAUGCCUGUACUUCUGUAUCAUCAGUGCGGAGAAGCUUGAACUGGAUGUUGAAUUAAUCAAGCAGAGAGAGAUGGAGAGAUGCCUGACACUCAUUUUACUGACUACAGUUGUAAAACUCAUCACAGCUGACGGUGUGAAUGUGAGGUUGGUUGGUGGUCACAGUCGCUGUGCUGGUAGAGUGGAGGUUCUUCAUAGAGGUCAGUGGGGAACAGUUUGUGCUGAUGACUGGGAUUUGGCUGAUGCUGCAGUGCUGUGUAGAGAGCUGGACUGUGGAGAACCUGUAGAUGCUCUGAGUGAUGCUCAUUUUGGACCAGGAUCAGGACCAAUCUGGAUGACUUUUGUCAUGUGUACUGGAUCAGAGUCUACACUGAAGAACUGUGGGUCAGGAGAAUGGGGUAAAAGCAACUGUGAUCAUAGUAAAGAUGCUGGAGUCAUCUGCUCAGAAGUCAGGCUGGUUGGAGGUUCUCGCUGCUCUGGGAGGUUAGAGAUUCUUGAUGAUCAGACGUGGGUUUCAGUGUGUGCUGCUGCCUUUGACCAGCAGGAUGCAGAGGUUGUGUGUAGAGAGCUGGACUGUGGAGCUCCUGUACAGGUGCUGGGAGAAGAUGCUUUUGGCAAAGGAGACGCUCAGAUGUGGACACAAGAGAUUCACUGCAGAGGAAAUGAGUCUCGGAUUCACCUCUGUCCAACAUCACCAUCACAUGAAAACAACUGUUCACAUGAACACAACAUUGGUUUGCUGUGUACUGACAUAGUAAAUGUGAGGUUGGUUGGUGGUCACAGUCGCUGUGCUGGUAGAGUGGAGGUUCUUCAUAGAGGUCAGUGGGGAACAGUGUGUGGUGCUGGCUGGGAUUUGGCUGAUGCUGCAGUGGUGUGUAGAGAGCUGGACUGUGGAGAACCUGUAGAUGCUCUGAGUGAUGCUCAUUUUGGACUGGAAUCAAAACUGUUUCGGAUGAAAAAUGCAAUGUGUACUGGCUCAGAGUCUACACUUAAGAAAUGUGGAUUCUUAAAACCAUUUGAUCCUGAUGUGUGUCUUAAUAAGAGCGCUCAAGUCAUUUGCUUAGAGGUCAGGCUGGUUGGAGGUUCUCGCUGCUCUGGGAGGUUAGAGAUACUUGAUGAUCAGACGUGGGUUUCAGUGUGUGCUGCUGCCUUUGACCAGCAGGAUGCAGAGGUUGUGUGUAGAGAGCUGGACUGUGGGGCUCCUGUACAGGUGCUGGGAGAAGAUGCUUUUGGCAAAGGAGAUGCUCAGAUGUGGACACAAGAGAUUCAGUGCAGAGGAAAUGAGUCUCAGAUUCACCUCUGCCCAACAUCACCAUCUCAUAAAAACACCUGUUCAUAUGAAAAUGAUGUUGGCUUGGUGUGUGCAGACAUUAUGAGAGUGAGGUUGGUUGGUGGUCACAGUCGCUGUGCUGGUAGAGUGGAGGUUCUUCAUAGAGGUCAGUGGGGAACAGUGUGUGAUUUUUUCUGGGAUAUGGCUGAUGCUGCAGUGGUGUGUAGAGAGCUGGACUGUGGAGAACCUGUAGAUGCUCUGGGUGGUGCUCACUUUGGACCAGGAUCAGGAUCAAUCUGGACAAAUCAAAAGUUCUGUUCUGGAUCAGAAUCUACACUGAAGGACUGUGGAUCAACAAAUUGGGGUUUUUAUGACUGUGAUCAUACAAAAGAUGCAGGAGUCAUCUGCUCAGGUGUCAGGCUUAUUGGAAACUCCAGCUGCUCUGGGAGAAUUGAAGUUCUUCAUGAUCAGUCAUGGAUGUCAGUGUGUGCUGCUGCCUUUGACCAGCAGGAUGCAGAGGUUGUGUGUAGAGAGCUGGACUGUGGGGCUCCUGUACAGGUGCUGGGAGAAGAUGCUUUUGGAAAAGGAGACGCUCAGAUGUGGACACAAGAGAUUCAGUGCAGAGGAAAUGAGUCUCAGAUUCAUUUCUGUCCAACAUCCUUACACAAAAACAGCUGUUCACAUGAUAAUUACCAGAGGCUGUUCUGUGCUGAUAAAAAGAAUGUGAGGUUGGUUGGUGGUAACAGUCGCUGUGCUGGUAGAGUGGAGGUUCUUCAUAGAGGUCAGUGGGGAACAGUGUGUCAUCAUGCCUGGGAUAUGCCUGAUGCUGCAGUGGUGUGUAGAGAGCUGGACUGUGGAGAACCUGUAGAUGCUCUGAGUGAUGCUCAUUUUGGACCAGGAUCAGGACCAAUCUGGAUGAGUGGUCUUUUAUGUAUUGGAUCAGAGUCUACACUGAAGAACUGUGGGUCAGCAGGAUGGAGCAUAAAUUCCUGUACUCACAAUUAUGAUGCCAGUGUCAUCUGUUCAGGUCAUAAAGCUUCCAGACUCGUUAACGGAUCUCACCUCUGCUCUGGGAGGUUAGAGAUACUUGAUAAUCAGACGUGGGUUUCAGUAUGUGCUGCUGCCUUUGACCAGCAGGAUGCAGAGGUUGUGUGUAGAGAGCUGGACUGUGGGGCUCCUGUACAGGUGCUGGGAGAAGAUGCUUUUGGAAAAGGAGACGCUGAGGAGAUGUGGACACAAGAGAUUCAGUGCAGAGGAAAUGAAUCUUAUAUUUCAUUUUGCUCAACAUCAUCAUCACACAAACACAGCUGCACCAGUGACAAUAAUGUGGGCCUGAUAUGCUCUGGUUACACAGAGACCAAACUGGUAAACGGCUCAGACUCUUGUUCUGGAAGAGUGGAGCUUCGGUUCAUCAGUAAGUGGGGCACAGUGUGUGAUGCAUGCUGGGAUAUGAGAGCUGCCAGUGUCCUCUGUAGACAGCUGAAUUGUGGGAUUGCUGUGUCUGUGGUGGGAUCAGACUGGUUUGGAGAGGGAAGUGGUAAAAACUGGGCUGAUGUGUUUGAUUGUGACGGGAAUGAAACAAAACUCUCAGAAUGUUCUAUCUCUUCAUGGAGUCGAGCUGAAUGUUCUCAUAGACGAGAUGUUGGAGUCAUCUGCUCUGGUUCUUCUCUGGCUGUUCAUGAUGGUCUGGUGCGGUUGUCUGGAGAGAGACAGUGUGAGGGGGAGGUGGAAGUUUCCAUCCAUCGGGUCUGGAGGAGAGUUCUGCUGGACUCCUGGAGUCUCACUGAAUCCUCUGUGGUCUGCAGACAGCUGGGCUGUGGCUCUGUGCUGAACUUCUCCGGCUCCUCUUCAUCCAGUCCUGAACACAGUCAUGAGUGUGUGACGGGCUUCCAGUGCUCUGGGAGUGAAGCUCAUCUGGGGAACUGCAGCUCUCCUCAAACUCUCAACUGCAGCUCCACACAACAGCUGUCAAUCACCUGCCUUGGUAAGAAGAGCAACAUCUGGGCAGAUUCUUCAGUUGUUAGUCACGGGUCCAUCAGGCUGGUGGGUUCUGGGGGAGACUGUGCAGGGAGGCUGGAGGUUUUUCACAGCGGCUCAUGGGGGACAGUGUGUGAUGACUCCUGGGAUAUUAAAGAUGCCCAUGUGGUGUGCAGACAGCUGCAGUGUGGAGUGGCCGUCCGUAACCAGCAGGUACCAGCCUGGUUUGGUCCUGGUUCUGGACCCAUAUGGCUGGAUGAGGUGGAGUGUGAGGGGAAUGAGACGUCCCUGUGGAGCUGCUCUUCUCCAGGCUGGGGAAAACAUGACUGUCAACACAAGGAGGAUGUAGGAGUCGUGUGCUCAGAGUUUAAAGAGAUCAGGUUAACUGAGGGCUGUGAAGGGAAUGUGGAGGUUUUCUACAAUGGAUCCUGGGGUAAUGUGUGCUGGAACCAGAUGGACAGAGACACUGUGAGUCUGAUCUGUCAAGAGCUGAACUGUGGAAGAUCUGGAGCUUUUUCCAAUUCUAUACCAAGAUUGGAAUCAGCUCGUAACUGGCUGGAUGAAGUGAAAUGUCGACCACAUGAUUCAAAUCUGUGGCAGUGUCCAUCUUUACCCUGGGGACAGAAUGACUGUGGUAAAGAUGAAGUGGCCAAAAUCACCUGUUUGGAACAGGAGAGUCAUGAGUCCCCUAGAAGCUAUUUGUCAUGCUCCACAUCUCCACAUCAGAGACAGUGUUCAGAGCAUGUUCCUCUCAGACUGAGUGGAGGGAAGGGCCGGUGCUCUGGGAGGCUGGAGGUGUAUCAUAACGCUGUGUGGGGCUCAGUCUGUGAUGAUCUGUGGGACAUCAGCGAUGCUCAGGUGGUCUGCAGGCAGCUGGGUUGUGGAGCAGCACUGAGGGCUGAUGGGAAUUCAGUCUUUGGUGCUGGUGAAGGUGUUGUGUGGCUGAACAGAGUCGAGUGCAGAGGGAAUGAGAUUCACCUGUGGGACUGUCCUCUCUCCCUGAAGAACCACACUGACUGCUCCCACAAAGAGCACGCUGGACUCACCUGUGCAGAUUUGUCAGUGUCCACUACUCCUGCCACAACAACAUCAUCUUCUCCUCCAGUUUCUCAGACAGUGAGCUCAACAUCAGUCUCUCCUCCACAAACUCCUCCAGCAGCGUCUCUCUCUGUGCUUGUGAUUGUACUGGGAGUUGUGCUCUUACUGCUCUUAGUGCCACUGCUUAUACUGAUUCAGCAGAACAGAGUGAUGAGGAGAGGUAGGAGAGAUCCAGAGACUGUCAUAUUGUGUCUUAUUCAGUGUGUGAUCAGUCAUGUGUUGUGAACUGACAGCAGG